AUGGAUGAUGAAUUUGAUUUAUUGAAUAAACGGUAUGCAAAUUGGCCACAACCGAUUGAUAAGACCAUUGCAAAUAAUAAACUAGCUAAAUUUCAUGAAAAUAUUAGCUGUGAUUCACUGAGAGAAUCACCUUGUGCAGUUUGUUCUGGUUUGUAUUCACAUGAACAUUUGAUUACUAUUUCUAUACGAGAAUCAUUGAGUGCAGGUGAUACUCUGGUAUUUUUGAUAGCAAAUGUGUGGAUCGGAAUGACUCCACAAUGUCGUAAAGGGUUAAUGGUACCAGAACAACUUUUAUAUCCCCGGGUUAUAUAUGUAUAA